GACUGGAGAGAGAGAGAGAGAGGGAAGUGUGGAAGGACUGAGUCUGAGCAGCGAGGAGGAAGAGAGAAAUUUGGAGAGAGAAAACAGGUGAAAGUGAGAGAGAGAAGGCUGGAGAAACAAAGGAAGAAGAAAGUGGAGCGGACGAUUCUCCCUUUUUUUUCUCUCUCUUAUUCCUCUUCGUCGUCGUCGUCGUCUUCUUCUUCCACACGUUUCUUUCUUCUCUCUCUCUUUUUCAGUUGAGGCAGACAGGGUGAGAAAAAGGGAGUAAAAGGAAGCAAGCUUGCGACGGACUCUUACUCCGCCUUUUUUCUGUCCAUCUCUUACUAGCUUGCUUUCUGACGCUCGGGGUGCACAGGCACAAGCGCGGGACAGCGCGCCCCCGAGAUACGGUCGCUCACUUUCCGAUUCUUCGGAGCUGAAGCUGAAGAAGUUGAAAGCGAGUAGAAAGUGAAGAUUUAUGUAGAUGGAACCGUCUAAUUUAUGUAUUGUUGUGGUUACUUCGGCAUAGAGCUUUGAACUAAUAUUCUUGGUUGUUUCCGAACAUUUGCGCUGGAGCGGUUAGGAAUCCAGGGAAACAUGUCAUCCUUAAGUAGGGAGCUUGUUUUCCUUAUCCUUCAGUUCUUGGAUGAAGAGAAAUUCAAGGAAACGGUGCACAGGCUGGAACAAGAAUCCGGGUUCUUUUUCAAUAUGAAGCACUUCGAGGAUCAAGUUCAAGCAGGAGAAUGGGAAGAGGUAGAACGAUAUUUAGGUGGAUUUACAAAGGUUGAAGAUAAUCGGUACUCUAUGAAGAUAUUUUUCGAGAUCCGGAAGCAAAAGUACCUCGAAGCCCUUGACAGGCAGGACAGGGCAAAAGCAGUUGAGAUCCUUGUGAAAGAUCUUAAAGUGUUUGCCUCCUUCAAUGAAGAGCUUUUCAAGGAGAUCACUCAACUUCUUACUCUUGAUAACUUUAGGCAAAAUGAGCAACUUUCGAAAUAUGGUGAUACAAAGUCAGCAAGAAAUAUCAUGCUUUUAGAGCUCAAGAAGCUGAUAGAAGCCAACCCACUAUUCCGGGAUAAGCUUGUAUUUCCAUCAUUCAAAACAUCUCGACUUCGGACAUUGAUUAACCAAAGUCUUAAUUGGCAGCAUCAGCUUUGCAAGAACCCACGCCCUAACCCAGAUAUCAAGACACUUUUUGUUGACCACUCAUGCUCACCUACGAAUGGUGCUCGAGCAGCACCACCUGCAAAUGGUCCUCUGGUUGGAGCAAUCCCCAAAACUGGGGUAUUUCCUGCAAUAAGUCCAUUUCAACCUGUUGCAUCCCCUUCUCCUAGUGCUCUUGGGUGGAUGACAAAUCCUUCUCCUUCCUUGCCACAUGCUGCAGUAGCUCCUGGACCACCAGCUCUUGUUCAGACUCCAAAUGCAGCUGCAUUUCUGAAACACCCUAGAACUCCUACUGGCGCAAAUGCUGUGGACUAUCAGUCAGCUGAUUCUGAACAUUUGAUUAAACGGAUGCGGACUGGACAGUCUGAUGAGGUUUCCUUCUCUGGCUCCCCACAUCCCCCAAACAUAUAUUCACAAGAUGACCUCCCAAAGACUGUCGUGAGGACACUGAACCAAGGCUCAAAUGUCAUGAGCAUGGAUUUUCACCCACAUCAGCACACAAUUCUUUUGGUUGGAACAAAUGUUGGUGAUAUUGCAAUCUGGGAAGUUGGCUCGAAAGAAAGAAUAUCACAUAAAACUUUCCGGGUGUGGGAUGUGUCAGCUUAUUCUUUGGCCUUGCAGACGUCACUGAUGAAGGAUGCUACUAUAUCUGUAAACCGUUGUGUUUGGGGACCUGAUGGAUCUAUAUUAGGUGUUGCAUUCUCCAAGCAUAUAGUUCAGACAUAUAUGUACACUCCAACAGGCGAGCUGAGACAGCAUUUGGAGAUUGAUGCCCAUGCUGGUGGAGUCAAUGACAUUGCUUUUGCUCUUCCAAACAAACAGCUUUGCAUAAUCACUUGUGGUGAUGAUAAGACUAUUAAGGUUUGGGAUGCUACUGGGGGUCGUAGGCUUUAUAUUUUUGAAGGCCAUGAAGCUCCAGUAUAUUCGGUCUGCCCACAUCACAAGGAAGCAAUUCAGUUCAUUUUCUCUACAGCUAUAGAUGGAAAAAUCAAAGCAUGGCUAUAUGAUAGCAUGGGAUCUAGAGUUGAUUAUGAUGCUCCUGGUCACUGGUGCACAACAAUGGCAUAUAGCGCUGAUGGAACGAGACUUUUCUCUUGUGGAACUAGCAAGGAAGGUGAUUCACACUUAGUAGAGUGGAAUGAAAGUGAAGGAGCAAUUAAAAGGACAUAUUCUGGAUUCAGAAAGCGCUCUUUAGGUGUUGUUCAGUUUGACACAACAAGAAAUCAUUUCUUGGCAGCUGGGGAUGAAUUCCAAAUCAAGUUCUGGGAUAUGGAUAACAGCAAUAUUUUGAUAACAACCGAUGCUGAUGGAGGAUUGGCGGCUAGUCCAAGGUUGCGAUUCAACAAAGAUGGUUCCCUUCUUGCAGUUACCACUGCUGAUAAUGGUAUAAAAAUUUUGGCAAAUAUUGAUGGACAGAGACUUAUAAGGAUGCUUGAAAACAGGGCAUUUGAAGGGACCAGGAAUGCCUCUGAGUCAGUGAACACUAAGCCUCAAAUUGGUAAUGCACUAGCUGCUGUUACAAAUGUCAAUUCCUCUCUUGUUUCUGCUCUUGAGCGCCCAGAUAGAAUUCCAGCUGCAGUUUCUAUAGGCAAUUUGGCUGCAAUGGACAAUAUUAGAACACCUGAUGUCAAGCCCAGGAUUCCAGAAGAUGGAUCUGACAAGGUCAAAAGUUGGAAACAGGCUGAUAUUUUAGAGACAGCACAACUCAAGGCUUUACGUUUGCCGGACCCUUUGUCUACUGGAAAGAUAGUCAGGCUGAUAUACACAAACUCUGGUGUAGCCAUCCUAUCCCUUGCUUCAAAUGCUAUGCAUAAGUUGUGGAAAUGGCAAAAAUGUGAUCGAAAUCCCUCUGGAAAGUGCACUGCUGUUAUUGCACCUCAACUAUGGCAGCCAGCAAGCGGUACUCCCAUGACUAAUGAUACAAGUGAUGGUAAUUCAUCCGAAGAAUCUGCUGCUUGUAUAGCGUUGUCCAAAAAUGAUUCUUAUGUUAUGUCUGCAUCUGGUGGGAAGGUUUCUCUGUUCAACAUGAUGACAUUCAAGGUUAUGACAACUUUCAUGCCACCACCUCCGGCUGCUACUUUUUUGGCAUUCCACCCUCAAGAUAAUAACAUUAUUGCCAUCGGAAUGGAGGAUUCAACAAUCCAGAUAUACAAUGUCCGGAUAGAUGAGGUAAAAUCCAAGCUCAAGGGCCACCAGAAGAGGAUAACUGGUCUUGCAUUUUCACAGUCCCUGAAUGUCUUGGUCUCCUCUGGUGCAGAUGCACAGUUAUGUGUGUGGAGCAUUGAUUCAUGGGAAAAGAAGAAGUCAAGGUUCCUGCAGGCUCCUCCUGGUCGCCAGUCCCCAUUGUCAGGAGAGACGAGAGUUCAGUUUCAUAAUGAUCAGAAUCACUUAUUAGCAGUUCAUGAAACCCAGAUUGCCAUCUUUGACGGAAAGCUUGAGUGUUUGCAAUCUUGGACCCCGAGAGACUCACUUUCGGCACCUAUUUCAAGUGCAAUCUAUUCAUGCGAUGGUUUGAUAGUCUACACUGGAUUUUGUGAUGGAGCAGUUGGAGUGUUCGAUGCUGAGAGUCUAAGAUUCAGGUGUCGAAUUGCACCAUCAGCCUAUAUUCUCCCUCCAGUUCCCAGUGGUAGCGGUCCCUAUCCGAUGGUGAUUGCAUCUCACCCUUCUGAACCGAAUCAGAUUGCUCUUGGAAUGAGCGAUGGGGCAGUUCAUGUAAUUGAACCCUCCGAAGUUGAACCAAAGUGGGGGACUCCUCUUCCUCAGGAAAAUGGUGCUCUUUCUCUUCCCUUGAACCCUUCGCUAUGCAAUCCAGCUUCAGAACCUGCUUCCAGGUGACUUCUCCUGUAUUUCAGUUUCGAAGAAUAUAUCAGUAGAUGGAUGCAAAGAUGGUUUUCCAAAAUUGAGGUAGCAGGCCAACAUUGGCGGUCUCUCUCUAAUUAACGAAGUUAUUUUAUUGCAAAUUCGGUUUGCUGGCGAUCACCUUUUUGAGCCAUCGCCAUGCCUCCUAUCCCCUUUUUCUUCUCCCCCUCAAUCACCUUGAAGUGUAAAGUUGCUCACUAGGUUAUAAAUAGGCUGGCUCACCUUAAUACUGUCUCCUAUGUACAUCGAAAAAGUAAAUGGCUGUAAACCCCUGCACUUGUGUGGUGAUCUUUCUUAUCUUGAACAAUGUAACUUGGAUUGCGUUAUGUGGUGGUCGAUAGCUCACAGCUUGCCUUAACAUUUUGUUUUUCAAUUCAGUUGUUGAAAACAUUUGUUUC